AUGAGUCUUUGUAACCAAGCUUUCUCUUCGGUUGUUUCUGCUAAUUCAUUUAGCAAUAGCAGAAGAAAGCAAACACUCUUCUUCUCCAGACGAAGGAUAACUACUGCUUGCAGGUCUCCUCCUUCCUUUGACGUCUUCAUAAACCACCGUGGGAUGGACACGAAACGCAAUGUCGCUGCCUUGCUUUACGACCGUUUCGUCUACCUAAAACUCAAUCCCUUUUUAGAUUAUAAGAGCAUGAAGCCUGGCGAAGAGCUUAAGGAGGUCAUUGAAACUGCUAUAAGAGACUGUAAGGUUGGGGUGGCCAUCUUCUCUCCAAAUUAUUGCACUUCUCACAACUGCCUCCAUGAAUUGGCUCUGAUGAUGGAAUGCGAGAAGAAAAUCAUUCCCAUUUUCUAUGAUGUCAAGACCUCCGAGCUUGAGCUUGGGAAUGAUGUAACCUUUCAGGCGAAGCAGCUUCAUAGGUUUAGUUUGGCGCUUGAGCUGGCCAAGGACAGGGUCGGCAUCUCGUUUGAUUCGUCCAAAGGGGAUUGGUCCGAUCUGACCAAAAGAGUUUCGGAUAGGGUGGUGGAAAUCUUGAUGGAAUUGGAAGCGACAGGUGGAAAAAGUUAUUAUGGUCCUAUGUGA